GCCGAUGCCUUUCCAGGGCGGAAUCAGCCAGGGAGCUGCAGGAGAAGGAGAUACGCCGGCGAAUGGACCCCAUUUUAGCGUCGAACGUGGAAGAGGAAAGGCGAGACUGGAGGGAGAUCGAGCAGCGAUACGAUGCGGUGGUGCUGAAGGAGUUGCAGGCGGCGCACUGGCGCUUGGGGGGCCCCGAAGUAGCAAAGGGCUAUUGCAGGCGACAGGACUCGAAACCCCGUGGUCGACAUACCCGGCCGCCCAGGGGGACGGGCGGAGGAAGGCACAGGGACCCCCCAGUGGAGGUGCAUGACCGCAUGGAGAUUGACCCCCCUGUGUGGCUCUUUGGUGAUACGCACCGGAAACGUAAGGAGUGCCAGGAGGACACUACCAAGGGGGCCGGGGUUGAGGGGGACAAAGGGACACCUCCUGUGGCGCAGGAGCGACGGGUGCAUCCACCAGGGAUGGGGCGUGAAGAGGAGGGGGCUGCGAAGCACACAUCGGUUACCCCCCCGGAGGAGCGGGGACGGUGGGCGGGCGUAGUAAAGGAAAAGGUAAACUCUGAAGUGGAGUGUCGCCGGGAAGGGAAAGCGUGCGUGCCCGAACUCGAUAGGGAGUGGGGGCGGGGGGAGACGAGUGGAGGACGGGCGGAUGAGGCCCAGUCGCCGUCCCCCCCCUCGGAGGAGGAAGCAGGUAAGGUGGAGAUAUUGGAGGGGAAGGGGGAAGACAGUCAGGGCAGACUCGAUGGGCAGGCACUUCGGAGUUCGGGGGGGGAGACAGGGCAAACCAAGGAGGUGCUGAGUGAGCUUGGGGGGGAACGUAAGCAGAAGGGGCAGGUGGGGCUGGAUGAGAUCAGUCCAGGGAAAGUGUCGGAGGACAUUAAUGAGGCCAAUGGAUGGUCGAAUGAUGUGGAGGUAGUGGAAUCUUCGGGAAGGUUGGAUGAAGGGGGAGGGGGGGGGAACAGAAAGGAAAGCACGCCAGGGGGGAAGGUCGGGGAGAGUGAGGUGCUCCCAGGGGGAGGGCAAGCAUGGGGAGAAGACAAGCAAGUGAUGCUCGACUGUGUGCGGGCCAGCACAUUAGACAGGAAGGUCGGGGAGGAGGAGACGGCGGGGGGGAACAGCAAGGAACGCACGCCAGGAGGAAAGGUCCGGGAGAGCGAGGCGCUUCAAGGGGGAGGGCAGAAACGGGGAAGGACGGGAGAGAGUGGUGGGAAGGAGGAGGUGGGUGGGGGGGGAAGGGGGGAAAAGGAUGGGUCGGGGGAUGGAUCGGGAAGUGGAGAACCACCUCUCGGGCAGCAGCAGGAAUGCUGGCUCCUUGUCCCUUAUGGUCGCACAGAAACGGGUGCAGAGUCAACGAAUGUGCAUAUCCCGGUCCCGGGGGGCGCGAAAGAAGGCGAAUCGGACGACGUGGAGGUGGUGGACCUCGCAGCUAGCCUGUCGGCCCUUUCCCCUCCCCCCCCCUCUCCUCCCCCCUCCCACAAAAGUGAGCCCACUACUGUGACAUCGGACAGUGGGUCGGUGGGCAUGCCGAGACGUCGGCGGAAGCAGCUGACCUCGGGUCCGCCCAUAUCGAGCCCCGCGGAGGUGGGAAGUUCCUUACAGCAAGCAACAGGGGCGAUCCAGUCCGAUCGAGAAGAGGAGCGAUGCGAGCUGCAGGCACGGGUGGACGCAAAGCUGAAGAGCCGGGAUCGGUCCCGCUCCCCGGCUGGUCGCAAGGUGCAGCCGCUUAAAGACGAGGACCGAUGGGUGUCCCCGCAGCGAAGACGCAUUGAAGAAGAGGAGUUGCAGAAUAAGGUGGCCGAGGAGGGGCUGGCGAAAGGCAUGGAGGACGUGCAACCCCGCCAGCCUGCCCCGGAUUUGGAUGAGCCCAUGACAGGGGAUGGAGGCGGGGACUCGACGGAUGACAGGGGCGGAGCGAUGGAUGAGGACAUGGAUAUCAACGAGGGGAUGGAAGCAGAUAUGGAUAUUCAUACAACGGUGAAGGGGUCGCUACAGGAAAUAUUGGCAGCCGGGGAGUGUUAUGUCUUCCCGGUGAUGCUGUGGUGGGCGGAGCAAGGCAUUAAGGUGGUCACGAAAGGCAGUACGGAAUUCUUCGUUUAUGCGGCGCGCUCCCUCCCCAAGAACCCGAAUAUUACCAGACAGGUCAGUCGUUGGGUAGAUCCUAACUACAGAGUGAAGGUGCUUCCCAAAGUCUCGGUGGGACGCUUUUUCAGACAACUGCGAGGGGGGACGGAGUACGGGCUUUUGGUCUGUUUUACGUCCAUCACCCCCCGGCGAGCGGGCUCUUUGACCUUGGCUCACAAGGAUGCCACUUGGACGAAGAUGGAUCAGGUCUUUGGCCCCCGUGCCAGCCCGACUGACUAUCGGAUCGUCAACGAGUUUACGGCGGGGAUAUUGGCCAAAGUCAAUUCUAUGUUGCCUACGAACCAGCGUCUGGGAUCGGGGAAUGGAGGAUAGGAUGUAGCAGGGUUAGACUUAGGUGCGCUGUGUUAAUUAUGAGUGCCUCUGGGUGAGUGCACUCCCUCCUCUAGAGUAGAAUAGCUAGUGCUGCRAAUCUUGUAGUUUUUUCGGCUGUAUUMUUGUUUGUUUUGUUUGCUAACURGCUUGUUUGCUUGCUUGUCUGUGUGUUGUUUGCGUUUUGACUACAUUUUGCUUGUCUGUGUGUUGCUUGGUUUGUUGUUUACACUCUGGUCYUUCUUCCUCCACCCGUCCRGUUGGGGCUGCCGGGAUGGAUCGAAGAAACCRRUUAACUAAGCUCAAGYUGUUAACUUGGAACGUGAAGGGCUUGUCGACUCGGUCUCUAAAUCCGAAGCGAUGGGAGCUGCAGCGUACUGCCCGCAAACACCAGAUCGACGUUCUCUGCCUCCAGGAGACUAAGUUGGGGGAAGGGCUCUGUUUGCACGACGCCCCCUGGUGGAAGGGACCUCAGGUCUAGGCCCCUGCGCAAGGAGCAACUGAUAGAGGAACGCAAGGGGGCGUGGCACCAAUCAUAGCAGGUGCAUCAGUCCUCAUAAUGAAUCUCCUUCCAAGUA